CAAGAAGAACAAAGAGUUUAUAAAAUGAAGUCAUUCAUAAUAACAACAAUAGCAGUAUUGUCCUUUAUGGGAGUGCAAGGUAGAUUUUUAGAGGAUAUGGAUAUUGAAGGAACUCCACGAUUGGAUGGACGCAUUGUGGGUGGCCAUAAAAUCAACAUCACCGAUGCCCCACAUCAAAUUUCAUUGCAAACAUCGGCACACAUUUGUGGUGGUUCCAUAAUUUCCAAACAAUGGAUUUUAACGGCGGCUCACUGUACCUAUGGCAAAACAGCAGAUCGCAUGAAGGUACGUCUGGGCACCUCCGAGUCGGCAAAGGGUGGCGAGCUAAUUGAUGUCGUCGAAAUUGUUCAACAUGAAAAAUUCAAUUACUCCAAUGUGGAUUAUGAUUAUUCCCUACUCAAAUUGGAGCAUGAAAUAGAAUUCGAUGAAACUAAACAACCUGUCAAGUUGCCAGAAACUAAGGAAGAGAAUGCCAAGGAUGGUGAUAUGUGCCGUGUUACCGGUUGGGGUAAUACUCAAAAUAUCUUGGAAUCUCGUACAUGGUUGCGUCAGGCGGAAGUUCCCAUUUUCAGUCAAGAGGAGUGUUCGGAAAAGUAUAAGAAAUUCGGUGGUGUUACUGAGCGUAUGAUAUGCGCCGGGUACAUUCAAGGUGGCAAGGAUGCAUGCCAGGGUGAUUCAGGUGGUCCAUUGGUUUCCGAGGAUGGUGUUCUCGUUGGUGUUGUGUCUUGGGGUUAUGGUUGUGCCCGUCCCGAUUAUCCUGGCAUCUAUUCGAGAGUUUCCUAUGUUCGUGAUUGGAUUCGUACGAAUAGUGGGGUUUAAUUGACAUAU